CGACUUUCAACUCUUCCUCACGUUCUAUAAUCAUGAUCAAGACCAAAGUUCUUCAGGCUUGGAUGGGGAUCUGGUUAUGCGCUGUAAACGGAUUACUGGGUUCAGAUCUGGACUGCUCAGAUCGUGAUCCUACAGGAUCGCGAUGCUCAAUUUCUGUAGAGAAACUUCUGGAUCGAGCCAUCCAGCAUGCUGAGCUCAUCUACCGCAUCUCAGAUGAAGCCAGGACACUGUUUGAGGAGAUGUUCAUUCCUUUAUCGAUACCUGCUCAUCAAGUCCAUGGAGGCAACUCUUGCACGUCCAAUCUUGUUCGUGUCCCUAUAUCCAAACUCGAAAUUCAACAAAUUUCGGACAAAUGGCUCCUCCAUUCGAUCUCGAUACUGGUUCAGGUCUGGAUCGAGCCCCUGGCCGACCUGCAGGAUUCUCUCGACAUGUACGACAACGUCCCCAGCUCCCUAAUCAGCAAGACCAGGUGGAUGUCCACCAAGCUGAUGAACCUUAAGCAAGGAGUGCUUGUCCUUAUGAGUAAGAUGCUGGAUGAAGGAAGUGUGGAGCUGGAAAAUAACGAGAGUGUGUUGCGCCACAUCGUUGCUCCUGCCAUGGCAGAGCAUGUGCUGAGGGACUACGCUGUGUUGUCCUGCUUCAAAAAGGACGCUCACAAGAUGGAGACAUUUCUAAAACUGCUUAGAUGCCGCCAAACAGAUAACCCGACCUGCUCCCUUUUCUAGCCACGUGAAAAGGUCUACGGUGGGAUUUCCAGGCAAUGGAAUUUCACAUAUAAAAGAUAAAUAUUCUGGAAAUAAGUCUGGAAA